CUGGCAGCACUGCUGGGCUGCACUGGUGGGUGGCACUGGUGGGCAGCACUGGUGGGUGGGCACAGGUGGGUGGGCACAGGUGGGUGGCACUGCUGGGCACAGGUAGGUGGCACUUCUGGGCACAGGUGUGUGACACUGCAGAGUGGCACAGGUGGGUGCACUGCUGGGCACAGGUGGGUGCACUGCUGGGCACAGGUGGGCGGAGCUAGUGGGUGCACUGCUGGGCACAGGUGGGCGGAACUUGCGGGUGGCAUUGCUGGGCACCGA